AUGGAAGGUGGAAGCGCCCUCUACAUUGCUGUAAUGUUCACCAGCGCCCUCUACAUUGCUAUAAUGUUCACCAGCGCCCUCUACAUUGCAGCCGACCACGCGUUGAUCGACACGGCGCAGUUCCGCGGCCUCAGCCCGCAGGCUCUCACCGUGCGCACGCUCUCUUACGAGAUGCACUCGACGGACUCGACGCCCGCGCCCGUGCCGAACGCGCGCCCGCCGCCGGCGAUGAUGCCUCUCAUGACCAUGCUGCCGGAGACGGCCAUCAACUGUCCGAUCAAGCCGGGGCCCGUGCCCAAGUCUGAGAUCCGGCCGUUCCGCCCGGACGAGUACAACACAGACAGUAGCGAUCGCUCCGAGCUCUCCGACAUCGCUGAGGAGCAGGAGGAGGAGUACAGCGAGCAGAGCGAGGGCGCCGGACAGAAGGGACACAAUCACCAGGGCCGUGGCAGCGGAGGGACUCUGGGAGGCGGUUCCCGUGGCAACAACAGGGCGGCUGCGGCGGACAAGGGAGGAGCGACGCCUCCGCGCACGAUCCUGGACUCCAAGCGGCUUCCGUCACCCAGUCAGCUUCGGUCCGUACAGGAGGGAGGCCGCACUCUACCAGGCAUUGACCAGCAAAGGCAGCAGGUGAAGCAGCAAGGGUCUCCCAGGAUGGACCGCAGACAGGUGCAGCCCGUUGCCACGGCGACGGACGCAACGCAUGCGCAGACAGACAAGAGCAUGGAGAUGACGCAACAGAUGGAGCCAACUGUCCAGCGACGAACCACGGCCAGCGGCGCAGCGCAGGACCGCGUUGCUAGGGAGUUGCCGCAGCACUCCGGCUCAAGGUCGUCAGGGGUCAGAGGUCAGAGUUCGGACAGGUCGUCGCUGCACCACGGCCAGGACAUAGUCAUGGAUGCCGAGGAGGAGGACCUCAGUGAUAAGGAGGUCUAUCCAGGCAACGUCUCCAUGCCACACAUAGCGAACAGCGGCGGCUCGGGGAAGGAGAACAGACAGAGUAAUGUCCGCAUCCGCCGCAUGGUGGCGCUGUACGACUACGAUCCACAGGAGCUCUCUCCCAACGUCGACGCCGAGGUGGAGCUGGUGUUCAACACGGGUGACAUCAUCUACGUCUACGGCGACAUCGACGACGACGGCUUCUUCAUGGGAGAGGUCAACGGCAUCCGCGGCCUCGUGCCCUCCAACUUCCUGCAGGAACUUCCUCCGGAUGCCGAGGUCCACGCACGUGGCGCCCCCUGCGUCGGCGAUGAAGCAGCCGUCGGCACCGAUGCAGAGGGCGCCGGCGCCCAAAAUCCUGAAGCAGCCAGACUCGAACAACGUCGCCAAACUAGACAGGAGCAGCUCGCCCUGCCAGAAGGAAGUCAUAUUCGUCGACGACCCGGGGAGCCCUCUGCGAGGCGGUCCCUCUCCCAGCGACGGCAAGAAGAAAGGAAUAUUCUCCUUGUUUCGGCGGAAGUGAGCGCGACGGGGGAAGCCACCGGUGACGGCAAGAGGCAGGGAAUGUUCCUCUUGUUUCGGCGGAAAGCCUCGCGCAGGGCGGGCUGCGGGGGCGGCGCCACCGGCGCACAGACGAUGCUGGCGUCGUGCGUUCUUCUGUGAGAAGAAAGCGGCCGAACGGACGUGUAAUCGUCGCGACUAACUCAACGCCGACGCGUUGCCAUGACGACACGACGCUUCCAGGGACACUGCCCCCACCGCCAUUCGGCGG